AUAAAGUUGGUACCUAAUGUCAAAAAACGUUAACAAAGCAAACCUAAACUUGUUGUAUUAGAAAUAGUAAAUAAUUAACGAAAACAAUGAUGUUUGUAGUAAUCACGUCUUGUUGAAGUGUGCCUAGAGUUAAUUCGAUGUCAGUCUUUCAAUUUUAUACUCCACAUAGAUAUAAGUUGUCGGUAACCUCAACAUAAUGACUUCGACGCCCUUUCGCAGACUGUGCCAUUGGGGUCCAAUAUGUGUUUUAGGAAUUAUAAAGCUAAUAACAUGGGCUAUGGUCCACUUGCUGGGAAUGUGGUGGCCCCCACACGGGUCCCUGGCGGGGGCUCUUCAUGCCGGACUGUUCCUCACUCUUGCUGGCUCUACACUGUACUACUUCCUACAAUCAUUACUUGAAGGACCUGGUUUUGUACCUCUCGGGUGGAAGCCUGAGUAUGAAGAAGACAAACAGUACUUACAGUUCUGUUCGGUGUGUAAUGGGUACAAAGCACCGAGAUCACAUCACUGUAGAAAAUGUGGUUACUGUGUGAAGAAGAUGGACCAUCACUGUCCCUGGAUCAACUGCUGUGUGGGCCACAACAACCACGGAUACUUCAACAUGUUCCUUAUGUCUGCUGUAUUGGGAUGCUUUCAUGCUUCUGUCGUGCUAAUAAUCUGCAUGUACCACGCCAUCAACCGUGUGUGGUACGUUCACCACGGGACGGGUCGCGAGCCCAUGAUCUACCUCACGCUGACCACGCUGCUGCUGACGCUGCUCGCCAUCGGCAUGGCUGUGGGUGUCGUGCUCGCUGUGGGAGCGCUAUUCUAUUUACAGAUGAAAGGCAUCCUCCGUAACCGGACCACCAUAGAAGACUGGAUAGUAGAGAAGGCGGCGGGUCGUCGUGAGGAACUGAACUUGCCGCCAUUUGUGUACCCCUACAACCUAGGAUGGAAGAACAACCUUAAGAUGGUGCUGUACGGUUCGCGGUACGACGGCAUCAAGUGGCCUCUGAAGGAGGGAUGCGGGGAGUAUGACUUGACUCGCGAGCAGCAGGCGCAGAAGUUAGACAAGCUCGUGCGGUCGCGAGUGCUGGUGUGCGUGCGCGAGUACAGCGGGCGCGUGCUGCCGCUGUGGUCGCGGCCCCGCGCCGCGCUGGCCGCGCCCUGCAGCGACGAGCCGCGCCUGCCGCUGCGGCCCGGGGACCUCGUGCGGGCCACCAGGCACAGGAGGCACUGGUUGUUCGGUGAGAAGAUAUUAGGCGAGGGCGAGGGUACCCGCGGCCCGCGCGGCUGGUUCCCGCGGGACAGCGUGGCGUUCACCGACUACGUCCCGAAGCCGAAGCCCGACUAGCUGUGGCUGGUCGACACUCAUCACAGACUGGUAUGAUGAGCGAAUGUGCCACCUAUUAAUGAGCCAAUGGAGUGAUCACUUUAAUGGACUGGUAAAGGUAGGUUAUUGAUAAAUAGUGUUUGAUAAUUGUAAUUUGGGUAUGUAUUUAUUGUACAAAGGUACAAGUCCAAUACUGGGCAAGUUUAGCUAGCACAUUUUAAUGAAGCGUAUCAAAAUCAAGCACUACUGAAAACGCAUUUAUUCGAGCCUGCCGACAGAAACGGCUGUGUACUCCAUUGUCUUAAUACUCUGUGGAUGAGUGUAUGUUUGUAUAUAUGAAUCAUGUUAUACAUGUAUAGGUUUAAGUAAUUGUUAAAUCAGAGAGGUUCGCUAUUUUAUACGUUAGCAAAUUAUCUGGCGAUUACUAUAAAGAUAUUUUAUUGAAUGGUUGUUUAUUUAGUUCUCAAAGUAGGUUAGCCAGUCUAGAAGUAUUAAAUAUGUAAAUAAUUUUUAUUAUUUAUCAGAAUAAAAUAACUAUCAUUUAAUGAUUAUAAAAUAUUUUAGCCAAACUAUAAUUGGGCGAUGAUCAUGUUGCUGUUAAAACAUGUUAUUUAAAUGGGAAUGUUUUAAAUAUUUGUAUGUAGGUAGUUUAUAACAAAUUUAACAGUACGCAGUUAUAAUCAGAUUGUUUAAGUUUUUGUUGCUAAAAAUGUCCUGGGGGCCUACCGUCACAUCUUAAAGUAAGACAUAUGCGGGUGUGGAAGAGGGAUGCCGCUCCACGCCGUAUAUAGUGCUGUCACUCUGUCACUCUUACACAACAGUAAUUAUAUUACUUCGAGACGUUGUGGUAGACCCUCUGCUUUGCUUGUUUUGUGCCUUACUGCUUAGCAAAUUUCACCCCUCGAGGCAUUUAUUAACAAAUUCUUCACAGUUGUUGCUUUCGCUAGUACAUUCCUGCUAUAUUGAAAUUUAAAAUUUUCUUACAAUAAAAUGUCAAGUAAAGAAAUAACUCUAUGGCUUUGCACUUAAGACUCAGAUUUCCGUUAGUUUUUUAUUUAUAAUUAGUGUUAAAUGUUCCUCUACUAUUUUGUUAUACUAUUUUAUUUGCAAUUGUUCUUGAUCUCAAGAUGAAUUUAUUAAUUUUACUACAUGUAAGAAGUUUUUGCUACAGUACGUAAUAAUGUGGUACUCAAUUAAAAGAUAUGUAUAUGCUAUGUUCAAAGUAAAAAAAAAUAUUUUAAUGUUGUAAUGCCUGUUACUUCCAAAUGAGGGGAAAUUUACUGUUUCAUGCCAUAAGCUUUUCUGAAUGUAUGAAUGAUGUUAAGCGUUGUUGCAGAACAACAUUUUACUAUGGCACGUAUUCGCAAGAGUUUAUAGAAAGACAAUGCAUUUUAUCUGUACAAUUUAAUGUUGAGAAAUGCCAUAUUCACGAUUGAAUUAAAAUUCGGCAAGUGUAGUUGAUAAAACUCCUUGUAGAUGGCAUUACCGGCGCUGGUGAUUGAACUGUGUUAAGCUUUGCAUAUAGAUUUGAAGUGAUUACUCUGCAUAGGCUAUUGCAAUUGUCUCAACAGUAUUUCAAAUUUAUCUAUUCAAUGAAUUAUUAACUUUAUGUGUUCCAUACAGAGAUCAUUCUUUCCUGCGCUUUUUUUACACUUCUUUGACCUCAAAAUUAUUGUACCGUUACCCAUAUAUUAAUGAAUUUUAAUGGCAUUUAAAUAUGAUAGAUAGCUAUCGUUUUAUAUGAAUUUACGGCAGUCAGAUUAGACCAAGUAAUUGUUAAAGUCGACUAAUACUUACUGUUAGGAAAUUUAUACGGUUGUUUGUUAUUUUGAGCAAUUUUAUAGAAAUAUUUGUGACUUAAUAGUUGUGAUCGUAAGGAUAAACUGUUUUGUAUAAAUAUAAAUUAUUGUAUUAUAUA